UAUAAAGGCAGGGCGGGAGGCAAGUGUCAUGCGGGAGGCUCGAGUGGCCGAGGAGCAGCGCGGAGGCUUUGGAGCCUGAAGAGGCAGCUUCGCUGUGGGUUUUUUUUAAAUUAUUAUUUAAAAUAUAUAGGGAUCUUUGCCAUUGCUGCUGAUCUGGAAUGCUGCGGGGGAGAUCGCAGCCAAGCUGAUCCAGAGCAGCGAGAGCAGGGGACGCGGAGGGCGAUGAAGCGCCGAAAGCUGGCCGUGGCAGCCGGCUUCUGCCUCUCCUUCUUGCUGGGCACUUUGCUGAACGUCUUGUUCAUCCCGGCCUUUGAUCCGCAGCAGCAGCAGCAGCGAACGGCGGGCGUCACCAGCAGCAGCCACGUGUCAGAUUUAGCGCAGCAGAUCCGGGAGCGCUACGAGGAGGUGCUGCGGUACCAGCGGCGGCAGCACCGGGCGGCGGCGGCGGCGGCUCCGUCCCGGCUGCUGAUGAGACCCUUGGAACGGCGGCUGAUGGACCUGGCCCCUCGGCGACUCGCCUCGUCCUCCUCUUCCUCGGAGCGGAGCCCGGCCAACCCGAAAGCGCCGCCGGCCGCCCGGGGCACCCCCUGGGAGCCCCGCGCCAAGCUGGAGGUGCCUCUCCGCCCGCUCCGGCUGGGCUGCCGGGACAUCAGCAAUGUGACCGACGUGCAUUACCUGGGCUCCGGCUACACCAAGGCCGUCUACAAAGCUGUGCUCAACCGGAGCCUGGCGGUGGCCCUCAAGUCGGUCGACUUCGGCGGCCACGACAUCGACCACUGCGUGAAGCUCUACGGAGCCCUGGAGGACUGCUACCGCCUGGCCUCCUACAAGAUCCUCAAGGAGAUGAUCCUGUUGCAGAGGCUGCGGCACCCCAACAUCCUUCAGCUUUAUGGCUACUGUUACCAGGACAGCAAUGACAUCUCGGACACACUCACCACCAUCACAGAACUUGGCUCACCACUGGAGAUGAUACAGCUUUUACAGACUUCCUGGGAGGACCGAUUUCGAAUAUGCUUCAGCUUAGUUCGGCUUCUGCAUUACCUGGCCCACUCGCCCCUUGGCUCUGUGACGCUGUUGGAUUUCCGACCUCGUCAGUUUGUGAUAGUGGAUGGAGAGCUCAAAGUGACAGAUCUGGAUGAUGCCAGCAUUGACGAGACAUCUUGUACUAGCAACAGAGACUGCUUCAUGGAGUUCCCAGCAAGAAACUUUACUUUGCCUUGCUCUGUUGAAGGGAAAUGUCAGAGCAUGAAUGAGAAGAGGAAUCUGUACAAUGCAUACAGGUUUUUCUUUACGUAUCUUCUGCCGCAUAGUGCCCCUGUGUCCCUGAGACCAUUACUGGAUGUGAUAGUCAAUGCCACAGGAGAGCUUCAUUGGGGAAUAGACACAACUGUUGCCCACUUAGAAAAAGUGUUGCAUUUAUACAAGAGUGGCCUCUACCUCAAGAAUACGACGCGGACUCCCAGAUCUGACUAUAGAAGGGUUCCUGAAACCAUCAUUGUCAAUGAGAAUUACAGAUGUUGGCCAUCCUAUCAUCACAAGGGAUGUCUUCUCUCUGUGUUUGAUGUUAACGAAGCCAUGGAAGUCUGCGAGAGCCAUUCCCAGUGCAAAGCUUUUGUUCUGACUAACCAAACAACAUGGACAGGUCGGCAGCUUGUCUACUUUAAGAUGGGAUCCACGUCCAUUAUGUCUGAUCAUGACAAGACAACAUAUGUGAAAGUGAUGCAUUGAAAGAGAAAGUGACUGAUGGUUCAAUCCUAUGCAAGUUUACUCAGAAGUAACUCCCAUGAAGUUCAAUCGGCCUUACUCCCCACUAUGUGUGUAUAGAAUUGCUGCCCUAGUCCAGCUAGUCAAUAAUGGUAGCAGUUUGCAUAUAAAUGUAGGCCGCAGUUGCAUCCAAGGAAGCUAAGAAUGGAGAGGGAAUUGCACUAUCACUCAUUCUCAUCUAUGGAGUGUGAAACCAAACUUUAAAGAAGACACCUGUAUGACCAGGACGAAUGUGCAAUAGAAUGACAUUUUUAAAAUGUGAUUUUUUUUUAAAAAAGAAGAAGCAGAAUGAAAUCCAAAAUGUGAUAGAUACACUGUGUGGCUAUCCAUAGAUAGUUAGAAAGCAAAGGUCAGCCUUAGGUUGCUUUUCCUAUUAGGAUUAUAAAUGUUAUGUUAAGCUUUUUUUCAUAGGGUUGGGAUGGAAAUUCUUCCUUUCCAUAGGAAGCUUGAGACCUCUGUUCAAAUAUUAUUUAUGUAGACAAGUACAAUCACCACAGCACUGAAAGACCUCAUGAGUUCCAAAACUAAAGAUCAAACCGCUUCAAAGACAAUCAACGCUCAUGGUUUGUUGCACCAAAUAUGCAUGACCAAAACCCAUUAUGGUCCUUGUUCAGUGGAUCAAACAGAAUUGAUAGAUUCAAUGUGUAGCCAGCUUUCCAUUUACUGUAAACUAGCACAGCAGCCAUCACUGUAAAGAAUGGAGAGUGGCACAUUAUGGAGACCUCUGGAGUUGGCUCAAUGAGUCAAACAGAUCUUUAUGGCACCUAUCCUCAUGGAUGAGGGACAAGGAUUUUUCCUGCCCAGUGAUGUCCCUGAGUGCGGACAAUUUACUUUUGCCAUAGGACUGAGUAGAAAUCAUGCCCUUAUUUGGGGGAAAGUAGAAGUAUGAACUCACACUGUUGAGUUGGGGACUUAGUGACCUUAACUUCAUGUGGGGGAAGUGCUGUUCUUCUUGCAGCCAUUUUAAUAUGCAGCUUCCUGUAUAACGUAAUGAGAGCCAUUGACAAUCGAGUCUUCAAUUUUACAUAGGUUCUUCUUGGGCACCACACCAUGGUAAUGGUAGAAAGUGGGC